AUGAAGACCACUCUCGCCUCUCUCCGUGCUCGCUCGCUGCCCACCGGCGCGUUGUCCGUUCGCCACUUCUCGGCCUCGGCUGCGUCGGCCUCCCGCAAGCUGGUGAUGGUCAAUCCGGCGACUGAGCAGCAGGAGACCUUUGCCCACGAAGCCGACACCCGCGAGUCCAUCCAGUCCAAGUUCAACGCCGCCCUUCAGGCACGCUUGAGAGCCAUCGCUGCACAGAAGGAGUGGGGUCGCCCCGAGAACCUCGAGAAGCGCGUCGCGACGCUGAAGAAGUUCCUCGAGCUGAUCAACGACGACGCCAACGUCCAGGAGGGCGCCCGCAGGCUCACGCAGGACAUGGGCAAGCCCAUCUCGCACGCCGCCGGCGAGGUCAAGGCCACCCGCGCCCGCGUGCAGUUCUUCCUCGACAACAUCCACUCCGUCCUCCAGCACGAGGUCGUCAACCAGAAGGACGCCUUGGUGGAGAAGAUCAGCCGGGAGCCGCUGGGUGUGAUCGCCAACAUUGCGCCGUGGAACUACCCCUGGUUCGUGUCCUGCAACGUCUACGCGCCUGCGCUCCUCACCGGUAACGCCAUUCUGUACAAGCCCUCCGAGUUUGCCCUGCGAACCGGCGAGUUCCAGAUGGAGCUCCUCCACAAGGCCGGUGUGCCGAAGGAGGUGAUCGCGCCCGUCUACGGCGCCGGUGAUGUGGGCGCCGAGCUCCUGCGACUCCCCGUCAACGGCGUGUUCUUCACCGGCUCCGUCGCCACCGGCCGCAAGAUCAACGAGGCCGUGGCUUCGCGCAUGAUCAAGGUGGGCCUCGAGCUGGGCGGCAAGGACGCCACCUACGUUUGCGAGGAUGCCAACGUCAAGAAUGCGGCGGCGUCGCUGGCCGACGGUGCGAUGUUCAACGCCGGUCAGUCGUGCUGCUCGGUGGAGCGCAUCUACGUGCAGAAGGAGGUCUACGACGAGUUCGUCGAGGAGUACGUGAAGACCGUCAAGUCCUUCAAGGUGGGCGACCCCAUGGACAGCGCCACCUACCUCGGUCCCCUCACCCGCGGCUCCCAGCUGAGCUUCCUCGAGGAGCAGGUCAAGGACGCCGUGGCCAAGGGCGGCAAGCUGCUCCUCGGCGGCAAGCGCGCCUCCGUCGCCAAGGGCUAUUUCUUCGAGCCGACCGUGAUCGUCGACGCCAACCACUCCAUGUCCCUCAUGAAGGAUGAGUCCUUCGGACCCAUCAUCGGUAUCCAGAAGGUGUCGUCGGAGAAGGAGGCCAUCGAGCUGGUCAACGACUCCGACCUCGGUCUCACCGGCGGCGUCUACACCAAGGACGCCGAGAGGGCCAAGCGCGUUCUGGGCCAGUACAACACGGGAACGGCGUACUGGAACUGCUGCGAUCGUGUGGCCCCUGCCCUCCCCUGGUCCGGCCGCAACUUCUCUGGUCUCGGCGCGACGCUGGGCGUGGAGGGCAUCCGCACCUUCACCAUCCCCAAGGCUUGGCACCUGGUCUCGCCCCAGUAG